GAGACACCUGCUGAGGGUGACAAUAAAGUUGGGCACAUCAGCAUCAGGUGAGUCAUUGUUGAGUGAACCAGGAAAAGAGGACAAACGCGCCCAAGAGGCAGAAGAGAACCAAUUUGAAGGAAUCAAAGUAGGCCUAAAGCAAUGGCUAAUAACUCCUCCUUGGCAUCCCAAGCAGUCCUUAUGUACGAUGAGUGGAUCAAAGCAGCAGAUCCGCGGGUCGGAGACUGGCCGCUGAUGUCCUCUCCAGUCCCUCAGACUAUGAUCAUUGCAUCGUACAUCUACUUCGUCACCACUUUGGGCCCACGGAUUAUGGAGAACCGCAAGCCCUUUGACCUAAAAAAACCCAUGAUAGUUUACAACUUCAGCAUUGUUGGUCUCUCACUAUACCUGAUCUAUGAGUUUCUGAUGUCUGGUUGGGCUAAUGGAUAUUCUUACCGGUGUGACAUUGUUGAUUACUCCAAUUCUCCACUAGCCAUUCGGAUGGCACAGGCCUGCUGGCUAUACUACUUCUCCAAGUUUAUCGAGAUGCUGGACACUAUCUUCUUUGUGCUUCGGAAAAAGAACAGCCAGGUCUCAUUCCUUCAUGUCUACCAUCACUCAAUCAUGCCCUUCACCUGGUGGUUUGGAGUCAAAUUUGCUGCAGGUGGUCUCGGGACCUUCCAUGCCCUGUUAAACAGCACUGUGCACGUCAUCAUGUACUCCUACUACGCCGUCGCUGCCCUGGGACCUGCCUACCAGAAGUACCUCUGGUGGAAGAAGUACAUGACCACUAUUCAGCUGAUUCAGUUUGUGAUGGUGACCGCACACAUUGGGCAAUUCGUCCUCAUGAAGGAGUGCUCCUACCAGUUCCCAGUUUUCGUGUACGUCAUUGGCCUGUAUGGACUGAUCUUUCUGGUGCUAUUCCUCAACUUCUACUACCACGCCUACACCAGGGGCAAGAGGUUGCCAAAGGUACAGGAGCAAAAUGGGAGUGGCCCGCACAAGAAGCAGCAGUGAACAAGUCACUUGAGCGAAGUGCUUCCCUGGACAGAUUGAAUAGUAUUUAUUUUCAUUUUUAACCAUUUCAUUGUGUAUUGUCAGGUUUUUGAUCAACCCUUAUGUUUAAGUUAUUGUUGAGUUUGCUCGGUCACUAUGUUUAAAGACUAAUAGAAUUACGUUUUGAUCAAGAAUGCCAGAAUUUUGUCACGAGGAGGGUAGGAAGGGUUGCGUGGGUGGCCGUAAGCAAUGAGUGGGCAUAGAACUACAUUGCCCCGUAUCAUCACACCUGGAUUUUUCUUUUUGGUGGGGACUGAUCACUUGUUUUAACAUUGUCCUGGAAGUACUUAAAGUUUUGAACAAAAAAGAGCUGGUGAUUUGGAUUUGAAGAAGAUGUGCUGCUUUUAUAUUGUAACAUACUAUGACUGAGUGAGUGGCGCUAUGAAGCUGGUAUUGGUGUGAACUUGUUCUGCAGUGGAAGUGGAUGUGAUGGCUGCCCCAGUGCUGCUGUGAAGGCAGCUGGAGCUUGAUUAACCUUCCCUGUGAACAGUAUCCGACUCACAGACCUGAUGGGUAGACCGCAAGCUACCCAGAGGAUGGAUGUGACUCGUAAUGUGAUUCUACUUGAAAUAUUUAUUUGUUUGUUUAAAUGUGUGGAAUUAUUGUGUAUUUUUUUUAAAAAAGAUUGUGAUUUGGACUGUGCUCAAGUCUUAUUCUUAUUCAAGGUUAUUUUUUUUUUUAAUUCAGUAGGGGGCUAACUGAAAGUUUCAUUGACUCUCAGUGAAGGAGCGAAGCUCCAGUCUCCAGAUUUUGUUAAAUGUGUUUUGUAUUUUGUAUUUUGUUUUUUAAGAUGCUUUAGCAUGAUGCCAAACUCAAGUGCAAAUGUUAAAGAUUGUAAAAAAUGUUGCAUGUGAUUUUUAUUACAAAAAUAAAUUAUUGAACCACAAA